AAGCCGCAAGAUGUACUCUCUACUGCACAAGGAAGAGGCAGCACACGAAGAAAGCAUUUGGUCCUGCGCUUGGGGUCGCAUAAAGGUACGCCCAGAAGGUGCCGACGACGAAAACGAUGACAACUCACGAGAUUCAAUCGCAAGCAAAAAGGACACGGGCGGCGAAUAUAGAGAUUUUAUCGUUACCGGCGGCGUGGACGAUACGGUUAAGAUUUGGGAUGUACACCAAGACCGCAGCAAAUUCAAGCUUCGGAAUACCUUCAGCGGUCACUCACUCGGUGUCGUUUCGGUGGACGUAAGCACUAGUGGCGAAGUAAUCGCUAGCAGUUCCCUGGAUUCAAGUCUGUGCAUAUGGAAGGCGGAAACAGGUCAACUUAUGAACCAAAUAUCACUCGGGCCGGUCGACUUGUGGACCGUUGCUUUUUCCCCGUGCGAUAAGUACAUCAUAUCUGGUUCGCAUGAGGGAAAAAUUUCUCUCUACAGCGUGGAAACAGGCAAACCGGAACAGGUGCUAGAUCCACAGAAUGGCAAAUUUACACUUAGCAUCGCAUGCAGUCCCGAUGGGAAGUACAUUGCGAGUGGUGCCAUCGAUGGAAUCAUCAAUAUUUUCGAUGUAGCUGCCGGAAAGGUUGCUCAAACGCUCGAAGGACAUGCGAUGUCCGUGCGCAGUUUAUGUUUCUCUCCGGAUUCCCAAAUGCUGUUGACGGCCUCCGACGAUGGACAUAUGAAGCUGUACGAUGUGGCACAUUCCGAUGUAGUUGGUACACUUUCCGGACACGCGUCGUGGGUAUUAUCGGUGUCUUUUUCAGGUGAUGGGAAAAAGUUUGCUUCGUCUUCCAGUGAUAAGACAGUAAAAAUUUGGAAUGUCGCCGAGCGCCAGUGCUUACAUACGUUUACCGAGCAUGUCGAUCAGGUGUGGGGCGUUCGGUACAGCCCAGACAGUAAAAAUGUUAUUUCCGUGUCGGAAGAUAAAUGCAUUAAUAUGUACGAUUGCCCACCCAAUGUUGUAUAAAUCGAAUAAAUUCUAU